UUCUACUUUACCUCGCUACCGGUUCAAUUUACCAUUCUCUUCCUCCUGAAGUUCAAACAAAAUCAUCAGUUACCUCCUGCAUCAGUGUACAUCCUGUUUUAUAGCACCAUUUCGUAACUCUACAUAAUUAUCUGUGUGUACAAUGAACGUUGAAUACUCGACUAACCAGAAAUAUGAUCACAAGUCUUAAGUUGAAGUAAAUGAAGAGUGGUGAAGAUCAAGGAUGAAGGAAGAAGUUCCUGGAUCAUUCGAAUUCAGCACGGUUCCACAGGUGUCCGAUGGAAGAAUCUUGAUCUAGAGUGCGGUAUGAUCAGAAUGGAAGGGUACGGUGCACGCUGAUAAGUGUCUGGACAAACUUGGACACGUGUCCUACGCUCUGCUGCUGGCACGUGCCGGUGUUUAGAAGUAUUUCCUAGCCGGCGCUAGGGACACGUGUCGUCGAUGGUAUCGGUGAAUCCUCGGGACGUGAUCAAGGGUGCUUUCACAGGAAUCUGCAGGGAAUUCCAAGGGAAACUGAUCCGCUGAUCCCGCUGUGAUCGAACCAAUUCUAUGCUGCCUGUAAACGAAAGGAGAAAUUAGUUCUUCAAUAUUUGAAGGAAAAGCUCAAACAUUGGAUUUAGCAAUACUGUGAAGAAGAGAAAUAUUUUUUAUACCUGGAACGUCCUAAAAUAUAUAAAUGGAUGGAGAUAACUUCAUGAAGAUGAUCUGAGAGUCCUUUAUUAAGUUCUCCAGAUAGUGAACGAUUCUAGUCAACAUAUCCAAAGAGCUUAUUGUUAAGACACUUUUAUCAGAGGAAAUUCUUCAAGAUGUAUUCGAUGGACAAUCUUGAACUGGACAUGAUGAACCGUCAGUACAUGUACGAGGCUCACAGUUUCCUUGGGAAUCCAGCGAUUCCAGCUCUGCCGCCCCAUUGCGGUGCUCCUACGACUGCUACUCUUCCUUCGAUCCCGUCGCAGUUGACCUCUCAUCCUGCUGGAAGCACCGGGAGCACCAGUGGCAGUGAGAUUUAUUUGUACGAUGAGAAUAGCAGCGACAACGAGAGUGCUUACAGCAGCGAUCAAGAAAAUCAUGCCAGAGAACGAGGUCAAAGUAACAGACGCAAUGGAACAUCAGGAAAGAGUCCAAGACAAGCGGUGCAACAAAGGCAAGCCGCCAACAUGAGGGAGAGGAGGCGUAUGCAAAAUAUAAACGACGCCUUCGAGGGUCUCAGGGCUCAUAUACCUACUCUCCCUUAUGAGAAAAGACUGUCCAAGGUGGACACCUUGAAACUGGCGAUCGGUUACAUAAAGUUCCUUAAUGAACUAGUUAGAGCGGACAAGGGUAACGAUCCUCUGACUGGAAACGGUGGCCUCUCGAGGUGUUCGGGUCGGGAUGACUCCAAGAAGGUCAUAGUUCGUGGCAGCGAGGGAAACCCUUUCAUUUUCCAUUCCCUCUCCUGGUCCAGGAAGUCAGACAUCUCCCCGAACGGGACGAUGUACGCGAAAGUGUGGACCCCGGAAGACCCACGAACAUCGAAGAACGAAUCGACGUUCGAAUAAAGUGCUCAGGUCUUAAUUGUUAAGUCGCAGCGAGCCUGGUGUUAUUUAGUAUUUAAGAAACGUUUUUCUAGUCGCUCUCUUCAUUUUCCAGUUUAAAUUGUUUCACAAGCAUUCGUUAAAGGAAAGAACAUUGCUUUAUACUUUAGUCAAUAUGGAUAACGUGGACAGUAUUAUUAUUGUUAAUAUUAUUUAUCUUAUUUAAGUUCAAAGAACUAGAAAUAACAUUAUACAUAUUCUGUAGCUCUAUGUUGAAAAAAUUAUUCCAAUAGGAAGUAAAUUUGAAAUUGUAGAUUAAAUAAUAUAUAAUUUCUUCUAAUUUAUCAUGUAAGAAUCCUCUGUAUAAAUUUCUUUCUUUCUUCAAGUGUGUUUUUGAGAAUCAGGAGUCUCAAUCUUGGACAAAAUUCAAAUAAAAGCACGUUACAAUUGUACAUAUAAGCCGGGAAAAUAAUGUAAGCAGAUAUCGUUUGUACAUGAAAAGAAGAGAAACAGAAUGACUCUCAAGGUGG